CGGCGGCGUAGUCCGUGGCGGGAAACGCUGUUUGAAGCGGGAUGUAUGACAAGCGGCGGCCGGGCCCGGGGGCCGGGGCCGGGGUGCCCCCGAAGCGGGCCCGCGGGGGCCUCUGGGAUGAGGAUGAGGCCCCUCGGCCAUCCCAGUUUGAGGAGGAGCUGGCGCUGAUGGAGGAGAUGGAGGCCGAGCGCAGGCUGCAGGAGCUGGAGGAGGAGCUGCAGUCGGCCCAGGAGGGGGCUGCCGACCGGCACUUCUCCCCGACAGCCAGAGAUGCCCGCUGGCUUCGGCCCUCCCCACCCCCCCUCGACCCCCAGACAGAACCCCUCAUCUUCCAGCAGUUGGAGAUCGACCAUUAUGUGGGCCCAGCACGGCCCCUGCCUGGGGCGCCUGCGCCAUCCCCCAGCUCCGUGCCUGUGCUCCGCGCUUUCGGGGUCACUGAUGAGGGCAUCUCCGUCUGCUGCCACAUCCACAGCUUCGCCCCCUAUUUCUACACCCCAGCGCCCCCGGGUUUUGGGCCCGAGCACCUGGGUGACCUGCAGCGGGAGCUGAACGGGGCCAUCAGCCGGGACCAGCGUGCGGGGAAGGAGCUCCAGGGGCCGGCCGUGCUGGCCGUGGAGCUGUGCUCCCGCGAGAGUGAGUGCCGCCCGGGGCUGAGCCGGUGGGGUCCCCCUGGGCCGGUGCCAGCCUCCUCUGUCCCCCGCAUCUUUCCUGAGCCCGAGCGGGACCCCGUGAUCCAGAUCUGCUCGCUGGGCCUGCGCUGGGGCGAGCCGGAGCCCUUCCUGCGCCUGGCGCUCACCCUGCGGCCCUGCGCCCCCAUCCUGGGUGCCCAGGUGCAGAGCUACGAGCGGGAGGAGGAGCUGCUCCAGGCCUGGUCGACCUUCAUCCGCACCAUAGACCCCGACGUGAUCACCGGCUACAACAUCCAGAACUUCGACCUUCCCUACCUCAUCUCCCGGGCCCAGCACCUCAAGGUGCAGGGGUUCCCCUUCCUGGGCCGCGUGGCUGGCCUCCGCUCCACCAUCCGGGACUCGUCCUUCCAGUCGAAGCAGACUGGCCGGCGGGACAGCAAGGUGGUCAGCAUGGUGGGCCGCGUGCAGAUGGACAUGCUGCAGGUGCUGCUGCGGGAGUACAAGCUCCGCUCCUACACGCUCAACGCCGUGAGCUUCCACUUCCUGGGGGAGCAGAAGGAGGACGUGCAGCACAGCAUCAUCACCGACCUGCAGAACGGGAACGACCAGACGCGCCGCCGCCUGGCAGUGUACUGCCUCAAGGAUGCCUUCCUGCCGCUGCGGCUGCUGGAGCGGCUCAUGGUGCUGGUAAACGCCAUGGAGAUGGCGCGCGUCACCGGCGUGCCCCUCGGCUACCUGCUCACCCGCGGCCAGCAGGUCAAGGUGGUGUCGCAGCUGCUGCGGCAGGCCAUGCGCGAGGGGCUGCUGAUGCCCGUGGUGAAGACAGAGGGCGGCGAGGACUACACGGGAGCCACGGUCAUCGAGCCCCUUAAAGGGUACUACGACGUCCCCAUCACCACCCUGGACUUCUCCUCGCUGUACCCGUCCAUCAUGAUGGCCCACAACCUGUGCUACACCACGCUCCUGCGGCCCGGCGCCGCCCAGAAACUGGGCCUGACUGAGGACCAGUUCAUCAAGACGCCCACCGGGGACGAGUUUGUGAAGACGUCGGUGCGGAAGGGGCUGCUGCCCCAGAUCCUGGAGAACCUGCUCAGCGCCCGGAAGAGGGCCAAGGCCGAGCUGGCCAAGGAGACAGACCCCCUGCGGCGGCAGGUCCUGGACGGGCGGCAGCUGGCGCUGAAAGUGAGCGCCAACUCCGUGUACGGCUUCACCGGCGCCCAGGUGGGCAAGCUGCCGUGCCUGGAGAUCUCCCAGAGCGUCACGGGGUUUGGCCGCCAGAUGAUUGAGAAAACGAAGCAGCUGGUGGAGUCCAAGUACACAGUGGAGAACGGCUACAGCGCCAGCGCCAAGGUGGUGUACGGCGACACCGACUCCGUCAUGUGCCGGUUUGGCGUCUCCUCCGUGGCGGAAGCGAUGGCUCUGGGCCGGGAGGCUGCAGACUGGGUGUCCGGCCACUUCCCCUCCCCCAUCCGGCUGGAGUUUGAGAAGGUCUACUUCCCUUACCUGCUCAUCAGCAAGAAGCGCUAUGCUGGCCUGCUCUUCUCCUCCCGGCCCGACGCCCAUGACCGCAUGGACUGCAAGGGCCUGGAGGCU